AUGAGGCCGGGCCACAUUCGGGUCCAACCUCAGGACCUGCAGCAGAGCUAUGUCACAAUUCGUACGUCGGUGGACUCGUAUCUGCCUGGACAGUUGGUAACAGUGACAGUUCGAAGCUCUCGGGACUUCAUGGGUUUCCUGCUGCAGGCCCGCCGUGUUGAAGAUUCAGAAGCCACGGCUAGAGUCGCAGGUGGGACAGGGUCCCCUCCGGAAGGUCCGGUUCUGGUGGGCGGAUCCUGGACCCUGGCCCCGCCCGGGACCCACACGUUGCGCUGUCUGUCGGAGGGCGAUACGCUCACCCACUCGGACAAACAGCUGAAACGAAACCUGUCGUUCGUGUGGAGGGCUCCUGAUGCACCCGUCGGAGACAUUCGCUUCUAUAUCACAGUGGUUCAGUCCUACUUUGUUUACUGGGCCGGGAUUAAGUCUGCAGUGAUACCAGCUCCACUGAACCAACCCAGUCAAUCCAUCGGUUCUGCUCCCUUAGGAAAGCAAAGCUUUACCCCCAAAAAGGUCUGGAAGAACACUUCAAGUCCAGUGACGCUCGCAAGGUACCAAAAGGGCCGAAGAACUAAGAACUACUCAGUCCUUCAAACGUCAAGAGAUCAUUCAAGCAGCAACUACCUGGACUCAGGAUCUCUGGCUGAAGAGUCAGGCGGAGAUCCUUAUCCUUUCAUCACCCCUUUCCCACCAGAUGAAGGUGUCUCUGGUAGAUAUUGGGAGGGCGCAGAAACAAGGGCGUCAACACCAAGUCCACUAACGUCUCUAGAAAAUAAGCGUCUCCUUAACACGAACCCCUCAGAGCCAACAUCGUAUAAACCGACAAGACCGCUCAAUGUCCCAACGACUUUGUUUGGUUACAAGAUCCAAAGUCGCUUACAAACAUCUCAGAAGAGCCUCACGACACAUGACGUAAGAAGCCAGUCUAAGUCUUCACUUCAAUCACAGUCCAACACCGACAUGGAGAGUCCUUCCAGCCAGACAGUUUCCAACUCCACAACCUUUUUACCGACUUCUCUGAAGUCUACAACUCAAAGUUUUCUUCUGCAGCCCGAAGACUCCAGAGAUGGACCAUCGCAUCCUCCCAAUAGCUCUCGUCAAACUCUGUUCCAGACAUCCAUGUCUCAAUCUCCGCAGGACCUUAGCAACACCUUAAAAAAUCUUCUCCUGUCUGACAAAGCAGUUGAGGGAGCAAGAACGAGACCACAACCAUGGUCCGAAGGACAUCCUCAAACUGUGACUCACAACAGUCAACCGUCAGUUUCCACUAGAAGAUUGAACACUUUGGUUUUCACAACAAAGUCUGAACAUACUUCAACCACAACAGGAAAAACCAUGAGCACAUUUGAUUCUUCUGGUUCUCCUCAAGGUGUUAUCAGGCAAUCUUCACCAAGCUACAUCGUCGCUAAACACCCAACCAAGAAUCCUUUCACACUUUCUUCCAGCCAAGAACAAACCAUUCCUGUUUAUUCCCAUCUUCCAAAACCUUCUCCUAUCUCUACACCUCCUAAAUGGAUCUCAGGCAUUCUGUCCUCCCCUUACCAAACCAUGUCCCCCAAAACAUCAACAUUUCCCUCGAGUAGCUCCAUCAACUCUCCAUCAUCAGCCACAUUCGAUCUUCAUGGUCCAUUCAGGACUUCCGUCCCGGGAAGCACAAAUUCCCCAUCCUCUCCUACCACCACCAGGUCUACAACCAUGCCCUCCACCUCCUUGAUCCCUUCAAGUUCUCACCUUCCUCUCACCUCAGUGGGAUCCUUGUCUUUUAUUUUGGCUGCCUCACCUUCCUCCCAAGCAACUUCCCCACAUCCAGGACCUUCUCCAGCUCCACGUCGCUCCCUCAACAACCGCCCCUCAAUAUCUCCCGUACCUUUCCCAUCACAAAGACAGACCCACAUUGCAUCAUCUAACCCCAAAGAAAAAUAUCCUCCAUCAACCUCUAACCACAAACUCCAUUCCAACAUCAGGGAGGAACUGAAACCCAAACCUCCAAAACUGGACACUAAGCUUCCCUUGAAUCCCUUGAAAACUCCAGGCAUGGAGGGCAAGUAUCCGGAAAUUGUGACCAGGCAUAGCUCUUGGGAGCUGGGAAUGCUGCUGGGCUGCUCGGCCGGUCUGGGGAUGGCGCUGGUGGUCGGCGUGCGCUACGUCUACAGACAGGCCUGCGGAAAACACACCGAGGUGACGCUACACGACCGGGAGAGAGAUUACGGGAGGGGCGAGCGAGGGAUGAUCCACGUUCAGGAGUGCGGCGAUUUGGUGCGAGUCCGCCGAAUCCGAGAGAACAGCCUGGUGCUCCUUGCCGAGUACGACAUACUAGCCUCGCCUGGAGACUGA